GGGCUCAGGAGGGGCGGAGCCGGCGGCGGAGAGUGAUUCGGGCGGGCGUAACUGCGAACUUUUGUUUGGUGUGUUGUGUGAGUUAGUUUCCGCCGCCGGGACAGAGGCGCCGGCCGGGCUGGGCCGGGCUCGGGGAAGCGCCGCACGGCCAGAGAGUUGUUUUGCCAGUUGCCGCGGGCGGGUCGGCUUCCCGACCGAGGGGUGAGAGGCACCGGCGACAGCAGGACGAACCCGCGGCCCGGGGAGCGGGGCAUGCGGGACUGGGAAUCCGAGCUCUGAGCCGCCGAGCCCCGCCAGGGAAGCGCCGGGGGGUCCCGACGGAGCCAUGGAUCCUGGGCAGCCUCAAACGCAGCAGCCGCCGCAGGCAGCGCAGCCCCCGGCCUCGCAGCAGCAGCAGCCGCCGCCGCAGCCCCCUGGCCCGGUGACGGGGGCCCCGGCCGGCGCGGCGCAGCCCCCGGGUGCGGGGCCCCCUCCGGCGGGGCACCAGAUCGUCCAUGUGCGGGGCGACUCGGAGACCGACUUGGAGGCGCUGUUCAACGCAGUGAUGAACCCCAAGGGCGCCAACGUGCCACACACGCUGCCCAUGCGACUGCGGAAACUGCCCGACUCCUUCUUCAAGCCGCCCGAGCCCAAGGCCCACUCCCGCCAGGCCAGCACUGAUGCCGGGACAGCAGGAGCCCUGACCCCACAGCAUGUCCGAGCUCAUUCCUCUCCAGCAUCACUGCAGCUGGGAGCUGUUUCUCCAGGGACACUUACACCCUCUGGAGUAGUGACUGGGCCUGGAGCUCCAUCUUCUCAACACCUCCGCCAGUCUUCUUUCGAGAUCCCUGAUGAUGUACCUUUGCCACCGGGUUGGGAGAUGGCUAAGACACCAUCUGGACAGAGAUACUUUCUUAAUCACAUUGAUCAAACAACAACAUGGCAAGAUCCUAGGAAGGCCAUGCUUUCCCAGAUGAAUGUUACAGCUCCCACCAGUCCUUCUGUGCAGCAGAACAUCAUGAACUCAGCAUCAGGCCCACUCCCCGAUGGAUGGGAACAAGCUAUGACCCAGGAUGGAGAAAUUUACUACAUAAACCAUAAGAACAAGACCACAUCUUGGCUAGACCCAAGGCUUGACCCACGCUUUGCCAUGAAUCAGCGAAUCAGCCAAAGUGCUCCAGUCAAACAGCCACCUCCUCUGGCUCCUCAGAGUCCCCAGGGUGGUGUAAUGGGAGGGAGUAGCUCCAAUCAGCAGCAACAGAUGAGACUUCAGCAGCUGCAGAUGGAGAAAGAAAGGCUGAGACUGAAGCAUCAAGAACUGCUUCGGCAGGUGAGGCCACAGGCAUUGCGGAAUAUCAAUCCCAGCACAGCAAAUUCUCCAAAACAUCAGGAAUUGGCUCUCCGUAGCCAGCUUCCAACAAUGGAACAAGACGGUGGAUCUCAAAACCCCGUGUCAUCUCCUGGAAUGUCUCAGGAACUGAGAACAAUGACUACAAAUAGUUCUGAUCCCUUUCUUAACAGUGGAACAUAUCACUCCAGAGAUGAAAGCACAGAUAGUGGACUUAGCAUGAGCAGUUACAGUGUACCCAGAACCCCAGAUGACUUCCUGAACAGUGUUGAUGAGAUGGAUACAGGUGACAGUAUCGGCCAAAGUAACAUACCAUCCCAUCAGAACCGUUUCCCAGACUACCUUGAAGCCAUUCCAGGGACAAAUGUGGACCUUGGGACACUGGAAGGAGAUGGAAUGAAUAUAGAAGGAGAAGAACUGAUGCCAAGUCUGCAAGAGGCUUUGAGCUCUGACAUCCUUAAUGACAUGGAAUCUGUCUUGGCAGCCACCAAGCUAGAUAAAGAGAGUUUUCUUACUUGGUUAUAGGGGCCUCAGGGAGACUGAAUUCUAAAUCUGUGAAGGAUCUAAGGAGAUUAGGACAUCUGUAUCUGAAGUUCAGAACAAGCCAGUGUGUGCACUUUGGCUUGUGUUCAGAAAAAGUAAAUGAACAAAUACUCAGCAAGUUUGUUUGGGUUUGCUCUUCCUUGUCCAUCGCUGCUGUUAUAUAUUGCUGACUUUUUUUCACAGUUGACUCUGAAGAACAGACAUCUUCUUGAUCUUUUUCUAUUGCUGUUGCAACUACUGUUGGAGGGGGGUGGGGAGGGAUGAUGAGCCUAUUUUGGAUGACGAAUGCCAUUCCUUUUGUCCUAGUGUGCGCUUGCGUAUCAUUUUAUCUAAGUACUCAGAUUUGAGAGUUAAUUUCUGCAUGUCACUGCUUGUAGUUUGCUCAGCUAGUUGUCUCCUGCUGCCUGUGGCAAGUGGUAAAACAUGACAUACUGGGGUGACAAGCCAAAAAUGAUGUAUCUGGUCAAAAGAAGUCAAUACUGAUUUGGAGAUAAGACGUAAAGGAGGGCUGAAGAGACUGUUUGGCAUUAAGUGUUCCUACUAGUAACUCUUGCAUUAGCCACGAAGUGCUCUUGUUUGUAUUUUUCGUUAUAGUAAAUCAUGAGUCAUUUUACAUAGAAACAUAUAUGAACUUUGAUUGUUGCCACAUACUCUAGCCUAACUUCCAUUUUUCAAAAAUACUUUGAUUAUUUUUGUUAGUUGGUUUAACUGUAGCUGUAGGAUGGGAAGUAAUUGUAGGUGUUCUGGGUUGUUUUUUUUAAUAGUGAAAUCUAAGGGUUUUUUUCUGAUUUCACACAGUCUUAUUUAAAUCUAAAUUGUCUGCUUUUUUUUAUACUUAAACCGUGCCUAUUGUAGCCUGAUAAGCUAGUGAGUACAUAAACCAGUAUGUUUUGCCUGUAACUUUUUUAUUUUUUUUAAAGGCUAGCUUUGAAUGUAAUCAUUAGAUUUCAUGACCAGUGGCUUAUUUUUCAUGUGUAUUUGCGAGACUUUGAAUUAGAAUCUGAUUACAGCAAUGUAAAAAUUAAGAGUCCUUUGUUAUGUGUACAAAUUUUAAAUGCAUCUUAAAGUAGCAGAACCAUUUUAAAAUUACAUCUAAUCUCGCUUCUGGUUUUCAGUUUUGAUCUUUAAGUGAGUUCAGAUUUUAAAAUCUUUAAUGGGAAAAAAAUUUAUGACAAGUUUCUCUUAAGUUAACAGGGACAAAAAUUCUGAACUAUUAAUAUCACUGUGUGUUGCAAUGAAAAGGCUAGAACACCAAAAAACUUAUCGAUAAAAACUUCUAAAUGUAAUAGUUGUCUAGUUCUGUUUGGUGAAAAAUAAGCCCUGGACACUAUAUGUAGAAGAAUGUAAAGAUAUGUGUUAGAUGGUGACAUGAGCAGGUAAUGAAGUGUAUAUUAGUAGUAGAGCUUAGCAUGGGGUAGAGGUGAAUAUGAAUCAUUUUUAUUUUAACAGGAAAAGAUGUCUCACUAAGUUGUCUGCAGGAGUUGACACAAGUUUCCAAAGAGUAUUUUUAAAUGAACAAAAUGAGCGUGAAUCAAAUUUUCAAUAUAAGCUAUUUUUGUGGGGCUUUUGGGUUUUUUUGUGAUGAAAAAUAGUGUCACCGGUUAACACCUCUAAAAUUAAGGGCCUAUCACCAUUCUCAACAAUGAGCCUUUAUUUUCAAGGGUGUAUAACAUGACUAUAAAGAUACUGUUAAGUGUGAAACUUAGUUUUGGAAAAAACUCUCAGUUAGCAGGGACUUCUCUGAGGAGAGAUUUUUUGGGGUUUACUGUUUUGCAUUUUUUCUCAAGACACUGAUUAUUUUUUAAGCUAGGAACAAAUCAGCAAAACAAGUUAAAACCCCCAUUAUAUUACUAUUGCAGUUUGGAUUUCUUUUAUGCUUCAGAAAUAAUUCUGGUUUAGGAUGAUGUCAAGAAUGAAACCUCUUAACCAAAUCCUAUUUUAAAAACUGAAGCAGCAGAGGCAGAGAUUUGAAAUUUGCCACUAGAAAUGUACAUUUACUACUUUACAUAAAUGUAUUAGUGUUUGAAAAACACAAAAUUCUAUGGCUUGUUAUGGGAUACAGGCAAGUUUUAAAAUAAUAAUUUUUAAAACACAUUCACAAUGAUAUGUAUUCUGCUACACCAAUAAUUCAGUGAGUAAUAGGCCACUUAUAUUGUGCAAUGACACAGUAGCUCCUAAAGCAAUGUUAUUGUGUCCAAGAUAGGGGUUUUAGUAGCAUUUUUUAAAAUUCAUUAUGAAUUCCUCUCUCUCCCUCCCUUCAGGAAAAGAAAAAGACACUAAGUUUUCCUAACUUGAACGAUCUGACAUAAAACCACAACAGCAAGGAAAUUCAGAGUUGAUUUUAUUUCAGCUGUCUUCCACAGUUGUAUCCAGGUAUCAUAGCACAUACAGAAUCACAGAAUAAGCUGAGUUGGAAGGGACCCAUCAGAAUUAUCAAGUCCAACUCCUGCCCCUGCACAAGACACCCCAAGCUUCACACCACCUGCCUGAGAGUGUUGUCCAAACGCUUCUUGAACUCUGCCAGGCUGGUGCUGUGACCACUUCCCUGGGGAGCCUGUUCCA